UUCAGACUAGGCUUUUCCGCAGAGCAAAGCCUGAGCAAGAUGGUGGAAUACUCAGCAAUUAGCAGGCUUUCCCCAAGAGAAUCAGCCAUCUGAGCAACUACUCACACAAGAAAACAGCGCCACAAGCGUUAAAGAAAUCAGUUUAGGUUGCAUGUUGGAAUCACCUGUGGUGAAGUCAAAACCAAAAAUCACAGUCUAUGGGUCCCACCCUGGGCCAGUUGUGACAGGCUUCCAGGGUGGAAUAGCAGUGUGUGAGAGUGAAGAACAGCUUCCGUUUGUAGUUUUCAGCGGGCCAGAGUCCACGAAGAAGACAGAUUAGAGUAAACCUCGCUGAUUGGUCGCUUGUGCCUCGGAGGCGCAUGUUGAGUUCGCAGCGAGCGUUAUAAAAGCUCUGGACUGCAAGCUCACGGGUGUCUCCCUGAGAAGAGAAGGCUGCCAUGGAUCUGGUCACAGUCCUGGUGUUCACUGUCUCCUGCCUGCUUCUCCUCUCACUCUGGAGACAGAACUCGGGGAGAGGGAAGCUCCCCCCUGGCCCCACUCCUCUCCCGUUUAUUGGAAACAUCCUGCAGAUAGACGUGAAGGACGUCAGCAAAUCCUUAACCAACUUCUCCAAAGUCUAUGGCCCUGUGUUCACUCUGCAUUUUGGCACGAAGCCCUCUGUGGUGCUGCAUGGCUAUGAAGCCGUGAAGGAGGCCCUUGUUAAUUUUGGAGAGGAAUUUUCUGGAAGAGGCAGUUUUCCAAUAUCUGAAAGAGUAAACAGAGGCCUUGGAAUCCUUUUCAGCAAUGGGAUGAAAUGGAGGGAGAUCCGGCGUUUCUCCAUCAUGACCCUGCGGAACUUUGGGAUGGGGAAGAGGAGCAUUGAGGACCGUGUACAGGAGGAAGCACGGUGCCUUGUGGAGGAACUGAGGAAAAGCAAAGAAGUCACUUGGGCCAGAUGUGUAAAUAAAGGCAGUGGACAUGAACAUAGCAUUUGGAUAGCCAUCCGGAAACAAGGAGCACCCUGUGACCCCACCUUCAUCCUGGGCUGUGCUCCCUGCAAUGUCAUCUGCUCCAUUAUUUUCCAGAAUCGUUUUGAUUAUAAAGAUCAGAGUUUUCUUAACUUGAUGGAAAAAUUUAAUGAAAAUCUCAGACUCUUGAGCACCCCAUGGAUACAGGUGUGCAAUACUUUCCCUGCUAUUAUUGAUUAUUUACCUGGAAGUCAUAACCAAGUACUUAAAAAUUUCUUCUAUGUAAAAAAUUAUGUUUUGGAGAAAGUGAAAGAACAUGAAAAAACACUGGAUAUGGCCAAUCCAAGGGACUUCAUUGAUUGUUUCUUGAUCAAAAUGAAACAGGAAAAGCACAAUCCAAAGUCUGAGUUUACCAUAGAAAACUUGGUGGCGACUGUAACUGACAUGUUUGGAGCCGGAACAGAAACAACAAGUACCACUUUGAGGUAUGGACUCCUGCUACUGAUGAAGCACACGGAUGUCACAGCUAAAGUUCAGGAAGAGAUAGAGCGUGUGGUUGGCAGAAACAGAAGCCCCUGCAUGCAGGACAGGAGCCACAUGCCCUAUACCGAUGCUGUAGUGCAUGAGAUCCAGAGGUAUAUUGACCUCAUCCCCACGAACCUGCCUCAUUCAGUGACUUGUGAUGUUAAAUUCAGAAACUACCUCAUCCCCAAGGGUACCACCGUAAUAACAUCACUGACAUCCGUGCUGUAUGAUGACAAAGAAUUUCCUAAUCCAGAGAAGUUUGACCCUGGUCACUUUCUGGACGAGAGUGGCAACUUUAAGAAGAGCGAUUACUUUGUGCCUUUCUCAACAGGAAAGCGGAUGUGUGCAGGAGAAGGCCUGGCUCGCAUGGAGCUCUUUUUGUUCUUCACUACCAUUUUACAGAAUUUUAACCUGAAGCCUCUGAUUGAUGUAAAGGAUAUUGAUACCACACCAAUUACCAGCGGAUUUGGUCAUGUGCCCCCUUCAUACCAGGCUUGUUUUAUUCCCGUGUAAAGGGCAGCCUCCUUAUGCUGUCAACGUGAAACUUCCGCAGGGUACGGUUUAUUUCACUCCUGGUAAUAUAGUUGUUUUCUCUCACAUUUCCCCAUUCCCUUGAGAUCCAGUGAGGCUCAGUAAGCAGAGUUCUCUGGGUCAAUACACAGAUCAAUGCUUUCAUCUCCUAUAUUACAUGGCACUUCCCUGCAAUACUUAUGUAGUGAGCAUUCAUAUUCAUGAUUCAGUUAACUAUUGAUAAUAUGAGUUUUAUUGUAAAACAGUAAAAUCUUUAUGACAAUCCAGAGCCAUCUGUCCCCUGCAUGUGCUGAAUAAAAACUAAUUUCUGGGGUG